GCGAGCGGGCGCGCGAGAGAGAGAGAGAGAGAGAGAGAGAGAGAAGAGAGUGUGUGAGGGCUCUGGCUGCGGAGCCGUAGCUCACUUUUCCUCUCAACUUCUUCGCCCGAGAAAAGAAAGACAAAAGACGGGAUAAAUGAGAUCAAUCAGCACGAGCCGUGAUGUGAAGCUGUGAAGCUGUGAAGCGCGCGCACACGCACACUCGCUUUGAUCUUCGAGCGUUUGCAAAGAAACAGAAUAUCCGCGAGAGAGAGAGAGAGAGAGAGAGAGACAAUGAAGCCUGCAGCUCUUCUUCCAGCCGCUCUGUUGACUUUGCUGCUCUGCUCUCAAGGUGUGUUGGGCAGUGCAGAGUGUUCGUGCGGGCGGAAUCACUUCACCUGUGCGGUCAGUGCGUUCGGAGAGUGCACCUGUAUACCAGCGCAGUGGCAGUGUGACGGAGAUAACGACUGUGGAGACCACAGUGACGAGGAUGGCUGUAUGCUGCCCACCUGCUCUCCUCUGGACUUCCACUGUGACAACGGGAAGUGUAUCCGGCGCUCAUGGGUGUGUGACGGGGACAACGACUGUGAGGAUGACUCAGACGAGCAGGACUGUCCUCCGCGCGAGUGUGAGGAGGACGAGUUCCACUGUCAGAACGGUUACUGCAUCCGCAGCCUGUGGCACUGUGACGGAGACAACGAUUGCGGGGACAACAGUGAUGAGCAGUGCGAUAUGAGGAAGUGUUCUGAUAAAGAGUUCCGCUGUUCUGACGGUAGCUGUAUAGCAGAACACUGGUACUGUGACGGAGACACGGACUGCAAGGACGGAACGGAUGAAGAAAACUGCCCCUCAGACCUGCUGACGUCCACUUGUAGUGUAGAGGAGUUCCAGUGUGCGUAUGGACGCUGCAUCCUGGACAUUUACCACUGUGACGGAGACGAUGAUUGUGGAGACUGGUCCGACGAAUCAGACUGCUCGUCCCACCAGCCGUGUCGCUCUGCUGAGUUCAUGUGCAGCAGUGGGAUGUGUAUUAACGCUGGCUGGAGGUGUGAUGGAGAAUACGACUGCGAUGACCAAUCAGACGAGACCAACUGUACGAUCUCUAUGUGUUUGGCGGAUCAGUUCCGCUGUGCGUCUGGUCGGUGUGUGCGGUUGUCUUGGCGAUGUGAUGGUGAGGAUGACUGCUCUGAUGGCAGUGAUGAAGAGGGCUGUGAAAAGACUGGUGCUCCUCCGUGUGCCUCUGAUCAGUUUCUGUGUGGAAAUGGACGCUGUAUUGGUCAGCGCAAAGUGUGUAAUGAUGUUAACGACUGUGGAGACGGAACAGACGAACAUCCACACCAGGACUGUCGCCCCAGGCCCACCGAGGGGAACUGUAACGUGGGUAACGGCGGCUGUUCUCAGAAGUGCCUGAUGAGCCGAGGAUUAGUUCAGUGCUCCUGUCACACCGGAUACAAGCUCGCAGAGGACGGAAAGACCUGCCAUGAUGUGGAUGAGUGUGCGAAUGAAGGCUACUGCAGUCAGGGCUGCACAAACACUGAGGGGGGCUUCCAGUGCUGGUGUGUUCAGGGCUACGAGCUCCGGCCCGACAAACGCAGCUGCAAAGCUCUGGGUCCGGAGCCUGUGUUGUUAUUUGCGAACCGGAUCGAUAUCCGUCAGGUCUUGCCGCAUCGCUCCGAGUACACCCUGCUGCUGAAUAACCUGGAGAACGCCAUCGCGCUGGACUUCCACCACAGUAAAGAGCUGGUCUUUUGGUCAGACGUCACACUGGACCGCAUCAUGAAGGCCAACCUGAACGGCAGUAACGUGGAGGAGGUGGUGUCCACAGGACUGGAGAGCCCAGGUGGUCUGGCCAUAGACUGGAUCCACGAUAAGCUUUACUGGACGGACUCGGGGACGUCUCGCAUCGAGGUGGCUAAUCUGGACGGAACUCACCGCAAGGUCCUGAUAUGGCAGAGUAUGGAGAAACCGCGCGCCAUUGCGCUGCACCCUAUUGAAGGAAAGAUCUACUGGACAGACUGGGGAAACACGCCUCGUAUCGAAUACGCCAACAUGGACGGCUCUGGUCGCAGAAUCAUCGCAGACACGAACCUCUUCUGGCCCAACGGACUGACCAUCGACUAUGCCGGACACCGCAUGUACUGGGUGGACGCCAAGCACCACGUCAUCGAGAGGGCCGACCUGGACGGAAAGAACCGAAAAGCCAUCAUCAGCCAAGGACUUCCUCACCCGUUUGCGAUCACCGUGUUUGAGGACAGUCUGUACUGGACUGACUGGCACACCAAGAGCAUCAACAGCGCCAACAAGUUCACGGGCAAAAACCAGGAGAUCAUCCGCAACAAACUUCAUUUUCCAAUGGACAUUCACACACUGCACCCUCAGAGACAGCCUGCAGGUGGCCGGAAUCGCUGUGGGCCGAAUAACGGCGGCUGUAGUCACCUGUGUCUCCCCAGCAACAAAGCCUUUACCUGCGCCUGCCCUACAGGCUUCAGGAAGGUGGACCAGUACAACUGCGCCCUGAGUCUUGACAAGUUCCUGCUUUUUGCCCGAAGGACGGACAUCCGUCGGAUCAGCUUCGACACCGAGGACAUGUCAGACGACGUCAUUCCACUGGCGGACGUCCGUAACGCCGUGGCACUGGACUGGGACUCCAGAGACGGUCAUAUUUACUGGACCGACGUCACCACAGACUCCAUCAGCCGUGCGCUGUGGAACGGAUCCAAACAGGAGGUGGUGGUGGACACCAGUUUGGAAAGCCCCGCUGGACUGGCCGUCGACUGGGUCACACACAAAGUUUACUGGACCGAUGCAGGUACUGACCGUAUCGAAGUGUCCAAUGCUGAUGGCAGCAUGCGCACGGUCCUUAUCUGGGAGAACCUAGAUCGCCCCCGGGACAUCGUGGUGGAUCCCAUCGGAGGGUUUAUGUACUGGACAGACUGGGGCGCGAACCCCAAGAUUGAGCGUGCAGGGAUGGACGCAUCCAGCCGCAUAGUCAUCAUCUCCACCAACCUGACUUGGCCUAAUGGACUAGCCAUAGACUAUCAGACUGAGAGACUGUACUGGGCCGACGCCGGCAUGAAGACCAUUGAGUUUGGCAACUUUGAUGGCUCCAACAGACAGGUUUUGAUUGGCAGCCAGUUGCCUCAUCCAUUUGGCCUGACGCUGCACGAAGACAAGAUCUACUGGACGGACUGGCAGUCCAAGAGCAUCCAGAGUGCAGACAAAAUGACCGGUUUGGGCCGCUCUACGCUGGCGGAGAACCUGGAGAACCUGAUGGACAUCCACAUGUUCCACCGCCACAGAACCACAGUCCAGACACCCUGCUUGGUGAAUAACGGAGGAUGUAGUCAUCUCUGUCUUUUGGCUCCAGCACCCAAAGGCUCUAGCUGCGCCUGUCCCACCGGCAUUAACCUACAAGUGGACAGAAAAACCUGCACCCCAGGAAUGAACAGCUUCCUAAUCUUCGCCCGGCGGACAGACAUCAGGAUGGUCUCUCUGGAUAUUCCCUAUUUUGCUGAUGUUGUUUUAGCUGUCAACGGGACCAUGAAGAACACCAUCGCCAUCGGAGUGGAUCCCAAAGAGGGUAAAGUGUACUGGUCAGACAGCACACUGAAGAAGAUCAGCAGGGCUAAUAUAAACGGCUCCGGGCAAGAGGACAUCAUCUCGUCAGGCCUGGUGACCACUGAUGGCCUUGCUGUAGACUCUGUGGGCAGGAAGAUCUACUGGACGGACACCGGAACCAACCGCAUCGAGGUGGCCAACCUGAACGGUUCCAUGCGGAAAGUUCUAGUCUGGCGGAACCUGGACAGCCCACGCGCCAUCGCCCUGUACCACGAAAUGGGGUACAUGUACUGGACAGAUUGGGGUGAGCAUGCAAAGCUGGAGAGAGCUGGAAUGGAUGGAUCGGACCGUGUGGUUCUGAUCAGUAAUAACUUAGGCUGGCCAAACGGACUGGCCGUGGACAAGGCUGGCUCGCAGCUGCUCUGGGCAGAUGCUCACACUGAGAGGAUCGAGGCAUCUGACUUAAACGGUUUGAACCGAAGGACACUGGUGUCUCCAGUGCAGCACCCAUACGGCCUCACGCUGCUCGGCCCGCACAUCUACUGGACGGAUUGGCAGAGCCGCAGCAUCCAGAGAGCAGACAAAACCACCGGCACCAACAUCAUCACCAUCCGCUCAAACCUGCCCGGACUCAUGGACAUCGAGGCUGUGGACCGGGAGAGGCCGCUUGGUUUUAACAGGUGUGGUCGGAGAAACGGCGGCUGUUCUCACCUGUGCCUGCCGCGGCCGAAUGGGACGUCAUGCGCCUGCCCCACGGGAGUCCUGCUGAAGAGCGACGGCCGCUCGUGUGAGGAAAUGCCCGAGACGUACCUGCUCUUCUCGAACCGCGUCAGUGUCCGGCGCAUUUCCCUGGACACCCCCGACCACACAGACGUUCACGUCCCUGUCCCUGAGCUGCACAACGUCAUCUCUCUAGACUACGACAGCGUGGACGGGAAGCUGUACUACACCGACGUCUCUCUGGACGUCAUCAGGAGAGUUAAUCUGGAUGGCAGCGGGAUGGAGACGGUGGUCAGUCAGGGGCUGAAGACCACCGAUGGUUUAGCAGUGGACUGGGUGGCACGGAACAUGUACUGGACCGAUACGGGCCGGAACACUAUAGAGGUCUCACGAUUGGACGGGUCAGCGCGGAAGGUUUUGGUCAACAACAGCCUGGAUGAGCCGCGGGCCAUUGCUGUGUUCCCCAGCAAAGGGUUCCUGUUCUGGACAGACUGGGGGCACAUUGCUAAGAUCGAGCGAGCCCACCUGGACGGUUCUGACCGAAAGGUUCUGAUCAACACGGACCUGGGCUGGCCCAACGGUCUCACACUCGACUACGACACACGCAGGAUAUUCUGGGUGGAUGCACAUCUGGAUCGCAUAGAAAGUUCUGACCUGAAUGGCAAACUGCGCCAAAUCCUCGUCAGCCAUGUUUCGCAUCCUUUCGCCCUCACACAGCUGAAGCCGGUCUCCUCUCCUCUAACCGCUUUCUCCCGAAUCUCACAGCAAGACCGGUGGAUCUACUGGACCGACUGGCAGACUAAAUCCAUCCAGCGGGUCGACAAACACACCGGACGAAAUAAGGAGACUGUACUGGCCAAUGUAGAGGGACUGAUGGACAUCAUAGUGGUCUCACCGAACCGCCAGACUGGUACCAACCACUGUGGAGUAAAUAACGGAGGCUGCACUCAUCUCUGCUUUGCGAGGACGAACAGCUUUGUGUGUGCGUGUCCAGAUGAGCCGGACGGACGGCCUUGCUCCACCAUUUCCGGCUUUGUUCCCACGGUUCCCGACAGAGGAAUCACAAGCACUCAGUCUCCGAACAAAAGAGUGAAAGUCCCUACGAAUAAACCCCAGCCAGGUCAUCCUGUGCUCAACUGUACAGACAAGUCUGCUGGUGUGGAGAACUGCGUUCAGAACAAUGUGGUUUCUGCUCCUCACGGGGAGGGGCUUCAUAUCAGCUAUGUGAUUGGUGGAGCUCUGACCGUUCUGGCUAUUCUCAUACUUAUAGCCGUAUACAUCAUUUACAGGCACAAAAAGUCAAAGUUUGCUGAUCCAGGUGUGAGUAAUCUGACCUACAGUAACCCUUCAUACCGGACGUCUACGCAGGAGGUCAAAAUAGAGACCGCUCAGAAACCUCCCAUAUACAACCAGCUGCGAUAUAAAAAAGAGGGUGUUGGGGAAAGCAGCUACACCAAAGAGAAGAUCCGGAUCGUGGAGGGCGUGUGCUUGCUGUCGGGGGAGGAGCUGUACUGGGAGGAUUUAAAGCAGCUGAAGGUGUGCAGGGGGAGUGGCCUACACGCGUGUAUGCGCACAGACACCGUCUCCCUGCAGGCUAGCUCCGCCUCCCUUGACGACACGGAGACCGAACAGCUGCUGCAGGGCGACCAAUCAGAAUGCUCCAGCCUAAACACAGCCAUGGCCACGCCCCAGCGGCACAGCGCACACCCCGAUACGGGCUGGGUCCCCAACCGCAAACCCUCCACCGAGAGCGAAGUCUGAUAACACAAACACAUGAACACACAUACACACAAAUAAACAUGUAACAUAUGUGUAAGUCUGAAUACACAUGAUGCAGUCACCUGCUGGGCCCAGGCUCUGCCCACGAAUGUGUUUGUACCAACUGGUUUUAGGUUAUAUCUUUACAGAAUGCUGGUUAAAGUGCCAUUCAGCCCAAAGUAUUCAGUUUAUAUCACAAUACCUACAUUUAGAGUCGGUUAUUCAUUCAGCCUAAUGAGAAACUGUAGAACGGACUCGGUUUAUAUCACAAUACCUACAUUUAGAGUCGGUUAUU